CAAAGAUGGCAACUGCAAGCAGGAAUGAGUUUCAGCUUGUUGUCCCUGAAACAGCUCAGAGAACUAUUGUUGAAAUAGGGGAUAAUUUCACUAUACCAUGUCACCUGUCACCUGAAAUCAGUGCUGUUGACAUGGAGAUCAGAUGGUUUAAGGAGACAAACUGUGUGUGUAUCUAUAAGAACAGAGAGAUGAUUGAAGGGACGAGUUACAGGGACAGAGUGAAUCCGUUCACUGUGAAGCUGGAGAGUGGAAAUGUUUCCUUAUCAAUGAAAGACUUCAGAUAGUCUGAUCUGGGAGAUUAUGUGUGUCAGGUCACCAGUGGAGUCAAAAA